AUGGGACUGCGCCACCGAGUAUACCUCGCCAAAGAUCGCACCGAGAGAUUAAUGGGACCAACCUCGCUGAGAGCCUUGGCCCUUGAUGUUAAGGAGAACGUUCUCGACGGACUACGCAAUGACGUGUCCAGGACACUCGAGGCUAUCUCUGCGUCGAGGAAAUUGGUCCAGCUCAUGGACUCUUGGGAUCAGCCAACGAAACUCUUAGCCGACGGCCAGCCAGUCAAACCGCCCCAGUCUAUUCUGGAGGCCAUGAUGAGUUGCUACUUUGAGUCUUUCAACCCAAUACUCCCGCUAUGGACUCGCGAAGGGUUUAAUAAGCUCGCUUCCUCGUGUGAAGCUCAGCAACACCCUGGGCUGAAACGGGUCUACGCUGUCAGUGCCAGCAACAUGAUUCUCCUGACAUUGACCACCAAAUCGCUCCAGGCAGAGUCUGAGAGACGCUCACGCUCGCGUUCUCCAAAUUGUAAUGCUUCAUCGCCCAUGGAAGGUGAUUUCUCAAGAACGUUCGUGACGAAUGCUCGGCGCGCCAUUAAUAACCUCGAGCUACUGGUUCAUCCGCGCAUCGAAAAUAUUCAAGCACUUUUGUCUUUGUGUCGAGUUGCGCAGCUGCAUCUAACGGAUGAUAUGGUGCGACUCACGUUUAGCUUGGCUGUUUACUUGGCGCGGUCCAUCGGACUAGAUCACUCAAAGCCCCCGGAACAGCAGCCUGGCUCCGAGUUGGGAGCAGAAAAGAGGAAUAUCCUCCAUUGCCUGAGUGUAUUGGAGAGAACCACUUGCUGGACCACCGGAUCCCAUCCUUGGGCUACCGGGUGUCAUGGGUUAGAGCUGUCCAGGAUCGAAGAAAAAGUCUUUAGCCUUCUAUACUCACGCGAUCCUCGAACAAAAGAUGUCCGCACAUUCCAGCGCGGUGUCAGCACCAUCAGACAAGAGCUCGAGAGGUGGCGCGGGCAACAACGCAUCGAUUCUGGAGGAGUUCAGGAGCGAGGCAAGUCAAUUGGGGAUGCGGAUAGCACAAAACUCGCACGAGCCAUUUCGUUCCACUAUAUAAGCAUCUUGGCAGCCAUGCCGACUGCCUGCGACUAUGUGGAUCAGGACAGCAUCACCAACCAGUCCCGAGCCUGCCUAGGGCUCCUGGCUCGGUUGCUUACGUCUUACCCACCAGUAGCCUUCCUCCAGCUCUUCCGCCAUAUCGUAACCAGAGAGGGCAUUGCUGAGGCGGAAGACUUGCAUCUACUACAGUCAUUCUUGAAAUUGGUCGCCGCAGCAUCAGACAUGUCCGCGCCAGAAUCGUACCUCGCGAGACUCCAUUGUUUCGUCAAACUCUUGACUGACUUUGCCGUUUCGCUUGCUCGGGGGGACUCAGAGGCACGUACAGUCAGUAUGCAGGACCAAUGGUACGAGAGGGAGCAAAUUGAUGCAGUUAAUGUGCCUGGUGAUGCGGGUGGCAUGGCCAGCACAACAAUUGGCUCGUUGGACACCAUACAUCAGUGCCAUCUCGGGGAAAUCUACGCGGACUCGAAGCUCUCUAACGUACCAGAUGCUGGCGGCGACUUGUUUGUGGAUGUGAGCCAACUGGAGAGCAGAGUGAACCACGGGGACCUCUUUGGCUCGGACUUGUUCUAG